UUUAGGACUUCAUCUUAGACACGACCCAUGCUUUGUGUUGUUUUUAUUUAUUAUUAUUUUUUUCUUCACAUUAGUAACCUGUCAUCACAGGUAAUUUUUUGGUUCCUCACCGUUGUCCACGGUUAGCAAUCUUAAUGAUAACGGUCCAAAGAGGAAAAGGUAAAGGGAAAGAGUUGACUUGCCGACUCAUCCAUUCAAGUGUGGUGUACGUAAGAAGCGGUAGCAGAAGAACACAAACGGCGUUAACAAAACCGUGAGAUUCGAUUAGAAGAGAAGCAACGGCGAUGCAGGUCCAGUAGUAGCAACGGCGAAACGGUGCAGAGACACCCUCCGUUUCGAAGUCUUGGCAAAACCCGACAACCCACCUGAAAGAGAGAGAAACAGAGUACUAGUAGCCAAUAGCAGCCAAAGACACAUAUACCCCGACACACCACAACACACGUAGCUUUCUUCCUUCCUUCCUUUCUUUCUUUCUUUCACAACCCACUCUCCAUCAAAUAUCAAUCAAUCAAUCAAAGAAAGAGCCAGCGAGAAAAUGAAAAUUCGUGGUGGAAUCAUCAUAGACUGAAGAGAAAAAAAGGUUGUUGUGCACUGUCAUGAAAGAGGAUGAAGAGACGCAGCAGAAUCAACAACAAAUCACUGACUCGUCCCUCUCCACCGAGUCACGCACUUCCACUCCUUCUGAUGGAGCGCCACCCAACUCGGAAACCCUAGUUCUCCGCUCCUCGCUUCUGCAUGACCUUGCCACUCAUAUGCAGGGAAGCUCUACCGCACGUAAGGGUGGAAAAGCUGAGAGUAAGGUGUCUGCUCAGCCUCCUGAUGAGGAAACUGUUGUAAAAGAUGCAGUUGAGGCACCUAAAAAACAGACAGAAAAUCGACUUCAGUCUUUUUGUUCAACUUCAUUAUCUGGAGUAUCACCAACUUCUGUUUCACAUUCUUUAUCAUCUGCCCUUAGUCCAACUGUACCACAACAGAGACCGUCUCCUCCUAAGGCUAAUAGUGUACAAGUGCCAAAAGUAGACAAAGGAACACCUUCUGAUGGUACAACCUUAUCUUCUGUUUCUGUUGCAAGGGCAUCUGCAUCUGAUGGAUACAACUGGCGGAAGUACGGCCAGAAGCAAGUGAAGAGUCCUAUGGGUUCUCGAAGCUAUUACAGGUGUACCCAUUCAUAUUGUUGUGCUAAGAAGAUUAAAUUUUGCGACCAUUCAGGACAUGUGAUAGAGAUUGUUUAUAAAAGUCAACAUAGUCAUGAUCCCCCGCAUAAAAUUGAUACCGCUAAGGAAAGUAAGCUCCUGCCUUCCAGUGAACCUAAAGUAGAAAGCAGUGUUUCAAAGCACUCUACCAAUGUUUUGAAUGAUUCUGAUCCAUCAUCUUCUCCAAAAGAACUUUUACAAGAAACACCUUGCAGUGGUGAUAAGAAUCUAGAAAACUCAUCUAAUGUUGAGAAUGGCAAAAUUAUUUUGAAUGAUGAACAUGUUAAUGACCCAGAGCCAAAAAGAAGAUUAAACAAUAGUGAUUUGGAUACGGCAGUAAAACCAGGCAAGAAAACAAAGUUUGUUGUACAUGCGACAAAGGAUGUGGGGAUAUCAGGUGAUGGAUACCGGUGGCGCAAGUAUGGACAAAAGUUAGUGAAGGGAAAUCCACACUUCAGAAACUACUACAGAUGCACUACUGCUGGAUGUCCUGUCCGAAAGCACAUUGAGACUGCUGUGGAUAAUUCAAAAGCUCUCAUCAUAACGUACAAGGGAAUGCAUGAUCAUGACAUGCCUGUGCCCAAGAAACGGCAUGGCCCGCCAAGUGCUUCACUUGUGGCUGCGGCAGCACCUGCUUCAACGAACAAUGUGCAGUUAAAAAAAACUGGAUUGCUACAAAACCAGGAAACUGAAGCUCAAUGUUUAGAGGACACAGAAGGAGAGUUAACCGGGGAAGCGUUGGACCUUGGUGGUGAGAAAGCAAUUGAGUCGGCUCGAACUCUUUUGAGCAUAGGCUUUGAAAUUAAACCUUGUUGAAUACAUCUUUCAUAAAUCAUGCAGUUGGAUUGCAUCUAUAUUAUAUUAACUGGUAGGCCUCAUGUAAUUUUGGCGGUUUCCCAUGUUUAUCUUCUCUUUCUUGAUUUCUUUACCCAUGCAUGUAGUCUUUUAGUGGAGCAGUUAUAUUUAUUUGUACACAACGUUCAGCUGGUCUGAAACAGCUUGCGUAGUCGAGCGAAUAUGGAAUAGACUUGUAUCUUAUUCUCAUGGAGAGUGAGAAUAGGUGAGGAUAGUGUUACCAUUCAACUUUA